AUGUCGAAAAGCGGAGGCAACGCAGAGGUCGUUGCAAAAAGAGGCGAUGUCAUACUCCAAUCGGGCCAAGACGGAGUCGGAGAAGGAGUUCGCAACAUCCUCGUCUCGUCCGUGGUGCUCGGCCUCGCUUCACCAGUCUUUGCGGCUAUGUUCGACGGCCGCUUCUCUGAGGGCCAGAAUCUUUCGCCGGCUUCACCACGCACUGUCCCGCUUCCAGAUGACGAUCCUGAGUCCAUCAUCAUGAUCUGUAAGAUCGCACACAUGCAGACUGCGGAACUUCCCCUCAAGCUCGCCGCCACCGUCUUGUCCAAAAUUGCGCUUUGUUGUAACAAAUACGAUUGCGCGAAUGUGGUUCGUUCAUGGGCUAUCAUCUGGAUUGGCGCCCUUCUCGAAGAUCUCGAAGCUGCAGAUUUCGAAAAGAUGCCUCUUGCCACACAUCUCCUCGAGUUGCCGAGAGAGUUCUUCAGAGUCUCUCAGAGAUUGGUCCGCGACCCUACCGCGAUCCUCAGCGUCACAAAAGCCACAGAUGGUCACGAGUUCCUACCUUUGGAGGUGUUCGAAUACCUACUACUUCGUCAAAUUUCAUAUCAGAGGCGAAUUACCACGGCAUUCGCUUCGAUCGUUACGGGACUCGAGUUUUGUGCUGCUUCAAAGCAGGCCUUGAGUACUUUUAUCUUCGGUCUCAGGCGGAAUGAUCUUUGGCCCGUCAAUCAGUGCUCGGUCUUGGUCAUCAAGUCCAAGCUUAGAGCCGUACCUGAGUCACCUCCUCUUUAUGCGAGUUGCACAACCCCGAACUGUGCUUGCAAGUCUGUUGCUCGAUACACUAAGGCUACGCUUAUAGCCGAGCUCGACAAGAUUUAUGAUGCGGUGGAUGGCAUUUGCUUAGACUGCGUUCGUCAAAAGGUACUCGGAGAGCAAAAGCGGGAGUGUCGCGUGCCCCAUGCGAUGAGAGAAGCAACAGUCUACCCUUGA